CUCGAAAACAUUUCCACAAAACAUGUUUUCAGUCACAACCCCUCUCAUCAACUACCACCACCACUUAACUCACAAGUUCUUCCCCACACGUACCGUACAGAACCACCCAAACUGUGCCUUCACAAUUCGAAGUUCUUCAAGCUUGCAAGAAAUCGAAAAACCCGCAGAAAAAUCAUCGGAGCAGAGAGACUUGGGCCAGAAGCUUUAUGCUUCGGAGCCUUUUCCACCGAUAAGGGCGGCGAAAAGGGUGGUCUUGGUUCGGCACGGACAAAGCACGUGGAACGAGGAAGGUAGGAUUCAAGGGAGCUCCGAUUUCUCGGUUCUUACUCAGAAAGGUGAGGCUCAGGCUGAAACUUCUCGGCAAAUGCUCAUCGAUGAUGCUUUCGAUGUCUGCUUCUCAAG